ACGAAGGCAACAAUUCGCGACGCAUAUUUGUCCGACAGCAUGUGAACGCAGCAGUAGUCACGCGUUGUUUGCUUCGGAGCGCAAACAUGGCGGAUGGAAGUGAGACGCUGGAGUCUUGGCUGAAUCGAGCCACAAAUCCCUCCAAUCGCGAAGAAGACCGGGAGAGUAUUAUGGGAUUCUGCGAUAAAGUCAACAAAGAGCUUGAAGGGCCCCAAAUAUCUGUGAGGCUCUUGGCACACAAGAUUCAGUCCCCGCAGGAGUGGGAGGCAUUACAAGCACUAAUGGUUCUGGAGGCUUGCAUGAAAAACUGCGGACAGAGGUUUCACAUUGAAGUUGGGAAAUUUCGGUUUUUAAACGAGUUAAUUAAAGUUCUUUCAACUAAAUAUUUAGGUGAUCACAUUUCAGAGAAGGUGAAGACGAGAGUGACUGAGAUGCUGUACAGUUGGACGUUGUCCCUACCUAAAGAGGAAAAGAUCAGAGAAACAUAUCACAUGCUGAAGAAACAAGGUCUUGUGUCAGCUGACCCGAAAAUCCCCCACGAUGCCACACAAGCACCAUCAUCAACACCCCAAGUGAAGAACACCGUUUUUGAUGAUGAAAAGAAGAGUCGAAAGCUUUCGGAGCUACUCAAAAGUAAGAAACCUGAAGAUCUGCAGGAGGCCAAUAGGCUCAUUAAGAACAUGGUCAAAGAGGAUGAGCUAAGGAUGCAGAAGGAGAAGAAGCUCACAAGCACACUAGAGGAAGUCAACAAUAGUGUUAAACUCCUUAGUGAGAUGCUGGCUUGCUUCAGUGUUGAAGACUCGACUGAGAGCGACACAGAGCUGAUUAAGGAAUUAUAUGAUGAGUGUGACAAGCUCAGAGAGAAAGUGUCUCAGCUGGCAUCAGAGACUGAAGAUAAUGACACUAAGUUGGGUGAGAUUCUCCAAGCAAGUGAUGACCUCUCCCGAGUCAUUCAUUUGUAUAGAAGGACUGUGGAAGGUCACAGCACAGAUGAAGACAGAAAAGAGGCACGGUCUCGGAUAAAAGCAGAAUGUAAGGCCGCAUCUCAGUCCGAGAUUCUCAUUGACCUGACGUGUUUGGACACUCCGAGUUCCAUUCCACCCAAACAGCAGCCUUGCUCUUCGUCGCUACCUGAGGAUCUACUGUGUGUCCCUGACCCAGACAUGCCUGCGUGCACUGAGCCUCCUGCUGCUCUUACACUGCUGGAUGAAGAGCUGCUCUCUCUGGGUAUAAAUGACCCUCUGCCUCUGCAUCACAAUUUGAUACCACUGCAGGAUUCCAAUCAUAACUUAGUUCCUUCAGCCAGCAACAUAGCUGCAUGUUCACCCUUUCUCAUGGACACUGUAACUACGACGACAGAUUCCUCAACAAGCGUCCCCACUGUCGCCCUCCCCUGUGCAUCUAGUCCUCAAUCAGUCAACAAAGUGGGCGCAGUUCCACUGGCACCCAUGGUGUCAGCUUUUCUUGCGACAUCGCCUCUCACUACAUCUAGUGCCGUUGCUGCUUCCCAAGAGAUCCCUGCUCUGGUUGAGCCAGCAGUAUUGUCUUUGGCCGACAGACCUCUACAUGAACUUGCCGUGCUAGACAUGGCCAGUCCAAACAUUAGGUCUCCUGGAGGUUUUGGCACUUUCUUACCUGAGAAAAAGAAGCCUGACCAUCCUGGUCCUUUGUCCUUCGGUGAUAGUCCACUUCUAGUCACGGGCUCUCCAGGAGGAUUCACUUCUCCACCAACCAAUUGCAACGGUGGCGACCAACUGAUGAAUUCUCUGCCCGACUUCCUCCACCUUUACCAGGCUAGCGCAGAGAGGAAGGAGGAGCUUUCCCUGGCUAAUGUCUCAGUGCCACUGGAUGCUAUUAAACCAAGUAAGGUGUCCCCGGUGACUGCGUAUGACAAAAAUGGAAUCCGUGUCCUGCUGCAUUUUGCUGCCGAUUGUCCACCAGACAGACCCGACGUUCUAGUGAUGGUGGUAUCCAUGCUGAACACAUCCCCCUUGCGGGUCAGCAGCAUGGUGCUGCAAGCUGCGGUUCCUAAGACCAUGAAGGUGAAGUUGCAGCCUGCUUCUGGGUCAGAGCUUGCUGCUUUCAACCCCGUGCUCCCUCCUGCUACCAUCACACAGGUCAUGCUGCUCGCCAAUCCUCACAAGGAAAAUGUAAAGAUGAGAUACAAACUGACGUUCACGCUGGGAGAGCAGCAUCUUACAGAAGUAGGGGAGCUAAAUGAGUUUCCUCCUGCCCAAAGAUGGGGUUCACUAUAGUCCCUCUUUCCUUAGGACUGACUAGACAGCACACUAGUUUAUUUCAGCGCUGCACAUCAGGGGUCCGGAAGUGGGUGUUUGAUACAUUUAAGUAGCUGAUCUAAACAUGUAUCGCUUUGGAAGCGUUUCCGGUUUGCCGAAGUUGUAGCUCAGAGCACAUAUUUAUGAAGCAAUAACCGUUAUUAGAAGAAAACGGAUAUACUUAUUUAUUUUUUAAGACCAUUUUGAUGACGACAACGGUGCAAAUAGUUACCAUCAUUUUAUUUCUGGCUGUGCUUGUCUUUUUUUUUCUCCUCCUUUCUGUGACUCCAAUUUCACCAUGGAAUUUGAUAGAUAAUAACCAUCUCUGUGUUGAGAAAACUAAAGGAAUCCGGUUGCUGUCAGUUUUUCUAUUGUAGUUUUGAUAUUGAAAGAAAUAUCUCUUGUAUUUUUGUUGAACUAUUACUUCUAAUAGUUUUAAAUGUUAAAUGAGUCUGACAUGAUGCAUUUGUGAUAAUGCGUGGUUUACACUUCAGUUCUGUGUCCUUGUUUAACUUAUUUUAAAAAUGUAAAAAAAAAAAAUGUGAGAAGUCUUUUUAUUUUGAAGUUGGUUUGUCACAUGAAUUCUUUGUUGCAUAAUGUGUUCUGGGACAUUUAGGAAGUGAAACUCUCUCUUCUAAACUAUGCAUUUGUGAGGUCCAAUCUUGUUGUUUUUCUUAUUUUGUGUGUCAUCUUGUCCAUUUGAGAGGGGCCUCUUUCUAUCUGUCUUGACCAAUGAAGAAUAUUAUCUGUGUACUAAUAGGUGUUUUAAUUCUUCCAAAAAAAAACAAUUUUGUCAUUUCUUUUAAACAUUUGUGCAACACAACAAAUAAAAAAAGAUUUAUUUAUAAUACUA